AUGAGUUCAGACGGGAUCAUAGAGAUCAUCGUCAUGGACUGCGACCGGCCAAUCGCCAAGGCCGUGGUGUUGUUGGUUGGGCUUAAGGUGAGGAAACGGUAUUUCGCGAUGAAGUGCCCUCAAGAGGGACGUAAUCCUCAACGGGAUUUGAAUCUGGACAACGUAAUGCUUGACAUCGAGGGUCACAUCCGUCUCACGGACACUGCCAUGUGCAAAACGGAUAUGAACCGCGAACACGAUAAGGCUAGCACAUUCUGCGGAACGUCCGACUACGUCGCUCUAGAGGUGAUAACCGAUAACUCGACUUCAAACACCUAUCAGCAUAGCGAGUUUCAGAUAAUAAUAAAAGGCAAACUAUACUCGGAGGCGGUAGCUUUCAGGUCGUUGGGCGUGCUGCUGUACGAAAUGCCUGCUGGUCAGUGGCCAUUCCACGGAGCUGUACGAAUCGAUCAGAAGCGAGCAACCUGCACUUCCAAAAUCACUCAGCACGCAUGUUGUCAAAUGCCUUCGUUCAGAAGGCGAAACUACGGACAGUUUUUUGAGUAG